UUGUCUCAAAAAAAAGAAACGUAACUUUAUAAAACUGAACGUAACUUUUUCAGAAACUAUCAAAAAUAUGCCAAUACAAAAGAAGGAAACAAAAAUGAAAAUGAAAAAAACGAAUUCAAUCGUACAAAUGAAAUAGGCUCUUCAAAGAUGCUUAAUUUUUUGUUAAUGUUUUUCAAAGAUUCGUUUUCGCAACUUGUGUUUUCUGAAUGCAUUGCCACAGAUUUCGCUUUCGCUUCUGAGUUUUUCGUUUGCUGUUUUGACACAAACCUCGCGUGGGGGCGGGCCUUAGCGGUGAUCUACUCUGAUUGGAUAGUGAGUUUUUGAUUUCCACAACACUAGGUGGCGGUAUGCAGCUAUGAAGUUGGUUCGCAACCCGCCAUAAAAUCAUAAGAAGAAGCAGCUACAAACGUCACUCAGUUUGCCGGCGCAUGUUUGAAAGUUGUCGCGGUGCUUUGUAUUAAAUAUGUGAAUAUUUGAACUUCGUUCGUGUCUGUAACUUUAAAGAUGAGCUCUCAGGAGAGACACGGAACGGCAUCAUCUUCCUCCUCCGCUGGUUCUUCAAGGCAGCUUGAAGUAAGUUCGUGUUAUACGUUCAUCAAUCAAUAACAUCGAUAAAGUUAUAUUCAUGUAAAUUACAGUAUGCAACAGUUCGUUGCGGGUUAUUAUUGCCAUUCACAAUGCACUGAUGUUAUGUAGUUUGAUUGUUUGCCCUUUUAUUCAGUUAUUAUAUUCAAGGAUGUAUCAAUGUAGUGCAGAUGUCAAACUGGUCUUUAUUCUUCAGCAAGGCAGAAAUCUAGGUGCAGAUGCUGCAUCUGCGGCUGUACAUAGCAUCCUUGAAAUUAUUAACCAGUCGCUCGGAAAAACCAGCACAAGGCAGGGUCAGCAGGCCGUGCAGCAGUCGGGGCAGAGUCGAACAGUGGACCAAGAGAUGGCCAGGUCUUUCCCUGGAUUUUUUAAGCGUGGUUCAAAGAGACGGCUACCCAGCUGUAGCAGACCAGCAAAGUUCAACAAACUAUGGAAACCUUUUGUGUUUUCAGUGUUUCUUUUAAACAAAAAUUUAGACAUGGCCCCUUCACCAGCUGAUGAGGUGCAGCUUUUGCAAGCUGGCUUAGGAAAACGGAAUCUUACUAUGCCUGAAGAUUUGACACAUUCAGAGGUCUCUAGCUUGUUCGGUGAUGCAUACCCAAAAAUGAAGUCAGCAUCUGGAGGCUGGCUUCUCUACAAAGCAACUGGUGGACAGGGAAGAAGACGGUUACAUCUAGUUCCUCCAGAGUCUGAAGGCUACUGUGGUAGCACAAUUAGAAGUGCAACUGGAGGGGGGAAAACAAUGUUGUACAUUGUUCCAAUACAGGAUGAAUUUGACCUGUCCCCUCUACCAUCUGAUGCCGAGGAGUUCUCUCAGAUGCCUAAAGCAGAAUGUAAGAAAUGCUCCAAAUCUAUGCCACUACAGAUUCUUGCUCUGCACGUAAAGGAAUGCAACACGGCAGAUUAUGAGACACUUUCUGACCCAGAAUCAGAGCUGACUAAUCUACCUCCUGAUUCACAUGAUUUACCUUCUGAUAAUGAAGAAAAGUCAGAAGAGGCAAAGUGUCCUGUUUGUAUGCAAAGUUUUCCUGUAAAGGAAUUGGAGCUACAUGCAAGUUUUUGUGGCGAUUUAGAUAGUCCUGUUGGCCCUCUAAGCCCUGAUAUAAUGGAGCCACAAAAUGAAGAAAUGUCAAGUGAAGAUGAUGUACUGCGGUGGCUGGCUUCUCAAGUUGACACCUCCAAAGAGUUUAGUAUCUGUGUAUCUAGAGUAAACCUCUUAGAAAGAGGUAUGUCACUGUGGAAACGACAAAAGCUUAGCUCCCCAAUCCACACUUUAAAGGUGACAUUCAUGGGAGAGGCUGGUGUCGACACAGGUGCUCUCCGCAAAGAAUUCCUGACAGAAAUGAUUAGUGGCAUAGAGACUCGUCUCUUUGAGGGAGAAGAUGGUCAAGGAAAAUUUCCCAAGUACUCAUUAAAUGACCUUGACAAUGGCCUGUUUCGAGUUGCUGGGGAAUUAUUUGCUGUGAGUCUCGCGCAAGGUGGUCCAGCUCCACGAUUUUUACAGGAGUGGUGUUACAAUUACCUAUUAAGUGGAAAUCUUGAAAACAUCAUCAUGGAAGUUAAUGACAUGGAAUUUUCACCACUGAUUAAAACGAUUGAGGACACUGCAGACCUGUCGAAUUACAGUGAGCAAAUUAUGAGCUGUGGCUACACUGGCCCUAUAAAUGACCAAAACAAGGGGAAUAUAAAGAGGGCAAUUGCAAUGCAUGCCGCUGCGCGAAGAACUCUAAUGCUUCAGCAGCUCCGUGAGGGCCUCCAACUUUACCGUCUGUUGGACAUCAUGAAGAAGAACCAACAAGUGUGCCGUGGCCUUUUUGUUUUUGAAGGUGGCAAUGAUCAGGUGGACUCUGAUUACAUUGUAUCACACCUUGACCCACAAAUGAGUGAAAGUGGCAGUCUAAAGCACAUCAAAGAAAUGCAAAUCUUAAAUAAUUUCCAGGAUUUUCUAAUGGAACUUGAAGAUGGAAAUUCUGCUGAUGAGGAGGCACUUUCUGUGUCGAAAGUCAUGCAGUGGCUGUCUGGUCAAGCACACAGACAUUUGCUUCUUUCAGAGAGACAAGCUUUCAAAAUCACAGUUCUAUUUGACCAUACAUGCAUGGCACGUAUGCCAGAACACAAAAUUUGUUACCCUGUUGUCAGUGCAUGCACCCACACAAUCACAAUUCCCACUGCACACUUUGCAAGUUUAAAUGAAUUUAAAGAAAACAUGAAAAUUGCAGUGCAGCAGGGUGCUUGCUUUUACAGGGUUUAGAACAGAUUUGUUAACACUCCUUCUUUGUUUUUUUUAAGGUCAGAGACAGAUUACAUUUCAUUAUCACUUCAUUUAUUUUCAAAAGAAUGGCUAACAAUUUUACAAAGUUUUACAUUUGCGCCACAUUGUUAUGAAGUUAGUAAGUUUUAAAUUUACGCAACAUUGUUAUGAAGUUAGUAAGUUUUAAAUUUGCGCAGCAUUGUUAUGAAGUUAGUUCUGUCAGAACAUUGUUACAUGUGAC